AUGCACACACUGAAGUGGCCUGCCUGGCGCGUCCCCGGCUCCCUGAGCUGCCUGCCGUGCCAAGGACGACGUGUAGAUCCGGCAUAUUGCCAGGCGACGAGUAUUCCAGGUUGGGCACAUUUCACCACAGCCUCUGACGUAGGGGGAGGCCAUGAGGCGCCCCGGAGCAAAACUGCCCACGCGGCCUACCUCUACUACGUUGGGUACCUAACGUUGGUAGUUAGGCGCUACCUAGUAUCGCGUCUCGAGGCUGGGGCUGGCAGCAUCGUCAUUGUUUUUUCAGCGGCCGAGCAGCAGCAGGAUGCAAUGGCCGACCGCCUGGGGUACAUUGGGUGUGUACCUACGUGCCUGCGUAUACUUCAGUAA